AUGAUGAGUAUGUUGGGUGUUUUCACGCUUACAGUCAAGACGUCAGACAGCCAGGUUGCAAUACAAACGAUACUUGGAGAAAUCGUAUCGGAAUCAACAAAUGCCAGCAACCGUAGCUGUGGCCUUUUUGAAGGAUACGCCAUUGAAGGUCACAAACCGUUAACUCAACUACUGAACUAUAACGAUAGCUACAUCUCUGCCUGUGCGAUAGCUUACAGUCGCCUAAAGAAGUAUGCGGAUCGUGAAGCAAGGAAAAAUGCGGAUAUCAUCGAAAGAGUGAGCUUGAAAGAAGAGUUGACGCGUGAACAGGAAGAAGCUGAAAUAAGCGAGGAUCUAGAAACACCUGAAAAAGUGGCGGCGGCAACUGCAGCAGCAGCAACAGACGACGGCGAAACAACGUCACUGUCUUCAGCCGAUGGAAGUGAUUAUGAAGCAACAGCUGUGUCUGCAAGAGAACACACUCGCAGCACAUCACCACAAUUGUUGAGAAGAUCUGCGCUACAACAGAAGCGAAUGGGAGAAGAUCCAUACACGUUUGAAGUUGAAACGGAAGGAGUAGGAGAAGCAGGAGCACUCGAGAGAAGCAGCUCUUCAUCCACUGCUUCCUCUUCACCAUUAGUGCGACGAAGAAAAUAUCCACCAGUGAAAGGGGAAAGUAGUAGAAGCGCGCAGCUAUCCGCCGGCGGUGAUUACAGGAUCGAUGAAGAACCAGUAUCAAUGCUUGUGGAUCCAGACGAACUGGCGUUCGAGAGUGUGGAACCCAGUGCAGCCGAGCUCGGUGAGGACGCAGCUCGACGAGAUCAGUUAAGAAAGACGUGUAGGAGGACGGACAGCAAGUUUGUUGCAGAGAAGCCGGUUAAACGUAUAGUAAUCGACGACGAGGACGACGAUGAGAAAGAGGAGUAUGAAACCGGGACUGAUAGCCAAGUCACUGACGAUCGUCGAACAUUUGCUUCGUCUUCCUCACUGCUCCCAUCACCACCCGAAGUCGGACCUGUGAAAUCCGACGAUGGUGGCGACGGCAGCGGGCCGUUCAACCAGGAAGACCGACGGUACCAUGGUAUGGCAAGGACGAUCGCCGACGUCAAGGACAAUGUCAAGGAUCGAGCACCAACUAUCGUGCCGCCGACAACGACCAGACCAGCUCGACAACGCCGACCGCCUCGUCGAUUGCAACUCGAUCUGAAAAUGAAGACGUACGCGAUGCGUUCAUCUUAG